GUUUUUAUAAGAACGUGGGCCUUUUCACUUCCAAUUCCCGAGAGCUCCAGUUUUGGCAGAGCUUGAGAUCAGAAGAAGGAAUUGAUAAAAAGACGUGUGUUGUUUUGAGAUUAGCAUCGCGACUCGCAAAGUCGAAGAAUUCUAUCGUCCAAGAACACGAAGUGAUUUUAUAAUUCUUUUGAUCGAGGUACUUUUCGUUUAAUUUGGUUCAGGCGAUGAUAUAGCGGAGUGCGGAGUGAAAUCUUCUAGGUUUUUCAUUUGGUUCAAAUCUUUUCAAAUUUGUUCAUAAUUCGGAGGUUUGGAUUCGGUUGGGUUGGAUGGCGUUUGCUUGAAUUCGGUCGCCCUUUAGACGUAUUGAAUUGAAUUUGGUUUUUAGGGGGUACUGUUGAUUGAUAUCAAGGUUAGGGUUUUGCAUCAGUUUGGGUUUUUGGAAGACAUUGUAAAUAUGAAAAUCAAGCAAUUAGACGACGACGUCGAGUCUGAUAACAAGGACAGUGUUUCCCCAAAACAGAUAGUUCGAGUAGACGCAAAGAGAGCGUUGGUCGGAGCUGGGGCUCGAAUUCUCUUCUACCCGACUCUUCUGUAUAACGUUUUCCGGAACAAGAUUCAAGCAGAAUUCCGAUGGUGGGACGAGGUUGAUCAGUUUCUUUUGCUGGGUGCUGUUCCAUUUCCCAAAGACGUUCCUCGGCUAAAGCAGCUUGGUGUUGGAGGUGUUAUUACCCUCAAUGAACCGUAUGAGACUUUGGUUUCAACGUCCCUGUACCAUGCUCAUGGAAUCGAUCACCUUGUCAUCCCCACAAGAGACUACCUCUUUGCUCCUUCAUUUGCUGAUAUAAGCCGAGCUGUAGAUUUCAUUCAUAAGAAUGCAUCAUGUGGGCGAACCACUUAUGUCCAUUGUAAAGCUGGGCGUGGCAGGAGCACAACCAUUGUCCUCUGCUAUUUGGUGGAAUAUAAGCACAUGACACCUGCUGCAGCUCUGGAAUAUGUACGAUCUAGAAGACCUCGAGUACUAUUAGCUCGUUCGCAAUGGAAGGCAGUCCAGGACUAUCAAAAGCACCAUCCAGAUGUUUCUGCAUACUCUCCCUCAGGGGAUGAAGUUAUCAUAACAAAGGCGGAUCUUGAAGGUUAUCAUGGCAGCCACAAUGAUGCUCUGAAGGAGCUGAACAGCGCCCGCAGAACAAUUAGAGCCAGGCCCAUGAUAGCAAAGUUGUCUUGUCUUUUUGCAUCAUUCAAAGUUUCUGGUGGCACCUCGUCAGUGGCCGGGCGGCUGCCACAGAUACGUGCUUGUUAGUUAGGGCCACAAGAAAUCGGAGUCCGAGAGUAAUAUGGCUUUGUACAUAAAAGCAUUCUGAAAAAUAAUUUGAGGGUGAUAUAUUUAUUCCCCAAGCAUGGAUUUGGCUGGGAUCUGUACUCCAAGUCCACGAGGACAGAGAGACAGCCAGACACCCUCAAUGUUGUUUAUAAUACUGUGCUAUGUGCAGGUUCAUUUGUACAGAGAACAAGCGCCACUUGUUGUAUAUUCAUCUUAGGGUCAAUUGCAAGUAAAUUUCUUCUUGUACAUACUUAUUACUUUUUAGGAAAAGAAUCUUUAAGAGAACCUUUGGAUUUA